GACAGAGCUCCGGACUAGACAGCACUCCAGCCACCAGUCCUGCCUAGGGGAGGGGGGCGGCUGGGGAGCGCGCCUGGGAGUCUGCCUUUCGAAGUCUUGUCCCUGGGCCCAGAGGCAAGGGGGACCUCAGACCCACGGCCGAAUUGGUGGGCGCCGCCGCGGGGCAGGUAGGUCCCAGAUGAAGGGGAUCCGGCAUUUGGAGGACUGAGUGGGCACCUAAGGGGCUGGGGGGCGGAAGAAGGUGGGGAGGGAGUUGAAGAAUCUUGUCGUUCACAUCCUCAACUCCAUAGUGGUAUGCACUGCUAAUUCAGUCACUUCACAGCCUAGAUUGGGGCCUGGAGGAAAGGCUGGGAGACUGAGGCAGGAGUGGUAGACACUGUGCUUCAGCGCGCAAGCCCAGGAACAGAUCCCAGAAGCUUCUUUCACCAGCUUUCUCAGAGGAAAGGGAUAGAAUGUGGAAAAACGGCUCCAGAUAUCCCCACAACCUCCUUCGCCUGAGUUAUCUUGGGUCUUGGGGUUCACUGAAGGAAUGGGAGAAUUGGAUUAGAGAGUGUAGCAGCUCAGAGAGAAAUGGGAUCGGAAUUGCCUGAGAGAAGACAAAGCUGCGUUUGUAAUGAUCAGCAUAGGGGUCCACGAUGGGGACAGGGGAGGAGAAACCCACCCAGAAGAGAAGCACAUCUAAAAGGGACCGAAUCUCUCUGCCUGCGGAGCAGCAAGCCCAUCCUAGGUAGAGUGAGUCCCGGGCCAGUGCAUGAACAAACAGAAUCCAAAAGAUCCCAAAAAAGGAUGAGUGAGAGGGCCACACGGAAUUGGAACAGAGGCGGCUGGCUGCUGGCACUUUGCCUGGCCUGGCUGUGGACCCACCUGGCCUCGGCCUCCUUGCAGCCUCCAACUCCCACAGGCCUCGUGAAGCAAGGCACUUGUGAGGUGAUUGCUGCUCACCGCUGCUGCAACCGGAACCGCAUCGAAGAGCGCUCCCAGACUGUCAAAUGUUCCUGCUUUUCGGGCCAGGUGGCUGGCACCACUCGGGCAAAACCCUCCUGUGUGGACGCUUCCGUUGUCCUACAGAAGUGGUGGUGUCGGAUGGAGCCCUGCCUGCCAGGGGAGGAGUGUAAGGUGCUCCCUGACCUGUCGGGAUGGAGCUGCAGCAGUGGACACAAAGUCAAAACUACCAAGGUCACACAAUAGUGUUUGGGGGUCAUGGCCUGGACAGGACAGGCUUGACUGAGCCUUGGACUGAAGAAUGGUGUUCAGUUAUCAGCCAGCAAAUAUGGGGAUUCAUCUGCCUGGACACAUAUCCCACACCAAAUGCAGCUUCACUCCUUCCAGAGACAUUUCAAUUAAGCUGCUCAGCAAAUAUGGAUGGGUCUCCAACUACAUAGCUGGCAUUCUGCUGGGCACUUCUGGGGACAUGGGAGAAGGUCAAGACACAGUUCUUGCCCUUAAGGAAUGUCUAGUUGAGUUGAGGAGUUGAUGACAACUUAGAUACUUUAGAUUCAAGCAUGUGGUAGCUGGGCUGUGGCUCCUGAGGAACCUGUGGGCGUGGUAGGGCUUUGGAGAUGAGACUCCACAGCUCUUCAGGCACCUGCUGGCCACAAGGCAGAAAGACAGGAGGUCACAUUCAGUGACCACCACCUCCCUACCUCCUAUUAGUCCAGAAUCCCCAGCAAGCUUUUGACAUGUUGAAGGAAAACUCUCCCUUCUUAUGCCAGACCAGCUGUAUCUCAUUUGGUGGGAUUGGACUGACAUGCAGAAGGAAAGCAAAGAUGAAGCCAAACAACUUUCCAGCAAAGCUUCUGCAGAGGCAUCACUUAGUUUGGGCUAUUCACUGGGUAUGGGAUGGACAGAACCUUAAAAUCACCCUUAUCCAAGCGCAUCUGGGUUUUGUUCAUUUGCUUUUUAUAAUGUAUGAAGAAUCUGAGCCCCAGAGAGAUGAGGUGACUUGCCCAAGUGCUCAUACCUUGGACUCCCAAGCUACAGACCUUCCACUUAGUCUGGAUGUUGGAAUUCGGACCGGGGCCUCCCAUGUUUUUGUCUCAAGUACAGGCAUGAACAUACAGAGUGCUAGCUGAACAGCAGCAAUGUUUUUCUCAGGAGAUGCUAGAGCAGGAACUUUUACCAGAGUCUUUGUCUUCUUAUCUGAAAUAGUCCAGAAUACCCCUCCUCCAGGAUGCGGAGCCACUUGAUCUCCACUCUGCCUUGGCUCAGAAAAUUCCAAACAGGCCCAUGACAGCCAGUGGCCACUCAGCCCAGCUAUAGCUAGGGAAAUCCCAGCUGGCAUCCCCAUGCCAGCUCUGGCCCACCUCUUCCAGGAUCCUUAGGCUGUGACCCUCAGAGACUCUGGCUCCAAGAAAGUCUGGGUGGCUCCAGGGCUGUCAGAGGCCUCUCCCUUCAAAAACUUUUGCCGGGCAGUAGGAGUGGGAGGCUGGAUCCUCUGUCCUGGAGUGGGGGUUGGCAUUGUCAGGCUGGCACCCUAGGUGGCUUGGACGUAACACUCAAGCUUCAGGAACUCAAGGGCAUGGGUUACCUGGCCAUCUCCUCAGUGAGAGAAUUGCAGCCUCCAUGACUACUGGAAUCACCAGGACUGCAGGGGGCCUUGAGAGGAGGGGUGUCAGUACAGCUAGCUGGACGAUGCUAAAUUCUGGCCCUCAGAGAAGAUGAUGCAGACAGUGGGUUGGGGCUGGGUCUCUGCUCCUCCUUUCUUCCCUACCUUCCGGUACAGUAAAACCAAGACCAACUGGCAUUCCCCCUUCCUCAUCCCCAUCCAGAGUUUAUCUUGAUUUUAUUUUGUUUUGGGUAAUGAGGUGAACAAUGAUGGCAGCUUCUCUCUAGACUGUAAAUACCAAACUCUGACACAUUAAAUACAAGCAAAUCUCUGCAUGUAGUGGGGCCAGGGAGUAGGGUAGUGAAGGAGUUGGUCAAAAAUUUGUCAUCACCUCAUUCAGGGCUGGGGAAUGGAUUAGGGGGUUGGCAAACUUCCUGGAAAGGUCCAGGAAGUAAAUAUUUUAGAGAUUACAGACCACAUAAAUCUCUGUUGCAUAUUCUUUGUUUUUUUUGUUGUUUGUUUUGUUUUUAAAGCCCUUUAAAAACGUAAAAAAGCAUUUCUUGGCUCUAGGGCUGUAUAAAAACAGGCUAUGGCUGUAUUUAGAAGUUUGCUGGCCUACUUGGACCUGUGAAGGUGGGCUGCCUCUGCACCUUGGGACUGCCUCCCUGACCUGCCGUCGGUGCAGUGGGAACCUGGGCUUAAGGACUGGGUCAGGUUUUGUUUUUCUUCUAAUGUUCCUUGAGAGAUUAAUGGGUGAAUUAUUUAGGUUACAAAUGAGAGCACUCUAGCAGAGUCUGACAAGGAGAUGUUGCUCUGUUGGAGGCCUGAAUGUGGGUUUCUCCACUCCCUCCCCACCCCCAAGACUGUGUCCAGGAAGGAGGGAGAAGGUGGAAGCCCCUUGCCCAUCCACUGCAUCCACAAGCCACAGGGCUCUGAGCUGGAGAAUGAGCCUGAGAGAGUGGGGUCAAUGCCAGACAAACUUUCCCCCCUGAGCUGCCAACCACUGCCAGUCCCUCCCUCAGCCAAAAUCCAGGUCUUCUGACCUUCCACGACCUCUCCCAUCCCUGUACAGAAAGAAGACUAAUUCCCACCCCCCAUAUGCUAGAAUAUGCUAAUAUAUUUUUUAACCCCUCAAACUCUCCCG